AAUAUAAGUGUUGCUGUGUGUUAUAUUAUUUAUUUAUUAAUGCUACCAAUGAAUGUUAGUAACUUUACGAGUGUAAACUUAACGCAUACUUGCUAACUGAAGAUGUGUUUGUAGGUCCUCGGUGUGGACAAGGCCUAUUAUUUUCUUAGCAAAUGCUUAUGUGUUCUCUAGUGGUGAUAUCAAAUUUUUAUGGGAGAAGACGUUACAGCUGGAUUGUCAUGGACACAGAGAUGAGUCAAAGAUGACUGGCCGCCAAUGAGAUUGCUACUCCAGUGAUGAUGGAUAAGUUUUUGGUUUCAAUUUCGACUUAAGGGGAUCAGCAUUAUUGAUCUUAACAAGAUAAAUAUACAUUGGUGGUGUUGAGAUGGUAUUGCCUGGGACAGUGAUUACAUGUCAGCAGUGAAAGCUUGAUUUCUGCCAUGACAGACACACGGAGACGCGUGAAGCUUUAUGCACUUAAUGCAGACAGGCAGUGGGAUGAUCGAGGUACAGGACAUGUUUCCUCCUCAUAUGUGGAUCGCCUAAAAGGCAUCUCACUGUUAGUUCGAGCAGAAUCUGAUGGCUCAUUAUUGUUGGAGUCAAAGAUUCAGCCAGACACAGCAUAUCAGAAACAACAGGAUACGCUUAUUGUUUGGUCAGAAGGAGAUAACUUUGAUUUAGCACUCAGUUUUCAAGAAAAAGCUGGUUGUGAUGAAAUAUGGGAGAAAAUAUGCCAAGUUCAAGGGAAGGAUCCCUCAGUGGACAUCACACAAGACAUUGUGGAAGAGUCAGAAGACGAGCGUUUCGAUGAUAUGUCCGACUCUGCUCCGCCUAUUGAGUUACCUCCAUGUGAGCUUAGUCGCCUCGAAGAAAUUAAUGAGUUGAUGGGAAGCUGUCUAACAACACCCAUGAGGAAAGAGAAAUUAGCAGUUGCAAUAGAAAAUGAAGGUUACAUAAGGAAACUAUUAAAUCUUUUUCAUAUGUGUGAAGAUCUGGAGAAUACAGAAGGCCUGCAUUGUCUCUACGAAAUUUUCAAGAACCUCAUUUUAUUAAAUAAAAAUGCAUUGUUUGAAGUUAUGUUUGGGGAGGAGGCAAUAUUUGAUGUGGUAGGAUGUCUUGAGUAUGACCCAAGUUCUCCAGCUCCCAAACGGCACAGACAGUACCUGAAACAACUGGCCAGGUUUAAAGAGGUCAUACCCAUUUCUAAUCCAGAGCUUCUUGCUAAAAUUCAUCAAACAUACCGUGUACAAUACAUUCAAGAUGUUGUAUUACCAACCCCAUCUGUUUUUGAAGACAACAUGCUGUCCACAUUAUCAAGUUUUAUCUUUUUUAACAAAGUGGAAAUUGUUACAUUAAUACAGGAGGAUGAAAAGUUCCUCAGUGAACUUUUUGCACAACUAACAGAUGACGGAACCGAUGAACAAAAACGCAGGGACCUGGUACUUUUUCUUAAAGAAUUCUGUAAUUUUUCACAAAACUUACAACCUCAAGGAAAGGAGUCUUUUUAUAAGACCCUGUCUUCGUUGGGAAUUCUCCCGGCUUUGGAGAUCACACUAGCAGCAGAUGAUGCUCAAACAAAGACAGCAUCCAUUGAUAUUCUCACUUAUAUUGUAGAGUUUUCUCCGUCCGUCGUCCGCGACUACACUUUACAACAGACCAGCAAUACAGAUGAAGACCAAAUGUUAAUAAACGUGGUGAUUGAGCAAAUGAUCUGUGAUAAUGACCCUGAGCUGGGGGGUGCUGUGCAGCUAAUGGGCAUCCUCAGAAUACUUCUAGAUCCAGAGAAUAUGCUGGCUUCUGUCAACAAAUCUGAGAAAACAGACUUCCUUAACUUCUUCUACAAGCACAGUAUACAUGUUCUCAUUGCACCUUUACUAGCAAAUACUGCUGAAGAUCAUCCAGCUAAAGAGGAUUACCAGACUGUGCAGCUGUUGGGUCUCAUUCUGGAGCUGCUGUCCUUCUGUGUAGAACAUCAUACUUAUCACAUCAAGAACUGUAUUCUCAACAAGGAUCUGCUAAGGCGCAUUUUGGUACUCAUGAAGUCUACCCAUACAUUCCUCGUGCUUUGUGCAUUGAGGUUGAUGAGGAAGAUAAUUGCCCUGAAGGAUGAAUUCUACUACAGAUAUAUCAUAAAGGGAAACCUGUUUGCACCAGUUAUUGAUGCAUUUGUAAGAAACAAUGGCAGAUAUAACCUCUUGGAUUCAGCAAUAUUAGAGAUGUUUGAAUUCAUUAAAUUGGAAGACAUCAAAUCCCUUUGCUCACAUGUUGUUGAAAAUUUUGGCAAAGUUCUGGAUGACAUUGAAUAUGUUCAGACCUUCAAAGCUCUCAAGUUGAGGUAUGACCAGCAUCAGGACAAACUCAAGGAUAGAGAUAGAACAGCGUUAGAUAGUUCCAUAUGUUCUAGCGUGCCUUCCAUCCUGCGGAAUAGUCGGUAUCGGAGAGACCAACGCCAGCUUGAAGAAGAAGAGGAAAUGUGGUUCAAUGAAGAUGAUGAUUUUGAUGAUGGUGAGGCAGUAGUUCCAGCAGCAAAUGAUAUUCUCAGCAAAAAGCUGGAUUCUGAUCUAGAUUCAAUAGGGAAAAUUAUUGAUAAAAAGCCAGAUGGUAAUAGUCCAAAGCUGAUAAAUAAUAGCAGCAAAACUGGUAAUAUCCUUAACAACAACUUGAGCAAUAAUGCAACGGUAGGAUCACCACCGAGUCCGACACCAGGUGACACUAAAUCAACAUCAUUGUUCAAAAAGGCUUUGGUGGACUAUGAGGGAGACUCUGAUGAAGAUGAAGAGGAAGAGGGUAGUGAUGUUCUGUCCCCUUCCCCCAAGCGUGCCAGACUGACAUAGUGCACCCCCAGCAACACAAAACAGUGAAGUGACCAGUUGCUGAUCUUGUGCCUGAGUGUGUUGUGAAUACUUGGACAUUUCCAAGUCUGGUCCAGGUGUGUGGAUAUUGAAACAACUCUUCAUCUCGUUCCUCAAGUAAUGGGAGCAACACUUCCUCAUAUAAAGUGGUAGACAUAGUUUGUGACUGAGCUGUCUGAAACAUUGAAACUUCACUGCCAUGAACAAAUGACAUUUGGCAGUUAAGUGAGGAAUUAACAUGGGCUUCGUAGUUGAGUGUAUGAUCUCGUACAGACUGCAUUACCAUCUGUGGCAGCAAGGGUGUUUCCUGAUGGACAGGCUGUACAGUGUUAAGGUGAAUGUGUAUGUGAAGAUUUAUUGUGAGAAUGCAUUAAAGACAACUUCAUAAAUUUUGUAAGAUGCCUCUCAAAAUUAGAUUAAAGUAUUAAACAUGGCAUCUGUUGAGUUAAUAUCAAAGCAGAAUAGUUGAUAUGUGCUCCCGUUUGCAUAGCAAUGCCAUGAAUGAAUCGAUCCAACGAAUCCUGGUCCAGCACUGCCACACAUAUCACUCAUCCAUCACUUCACUUCAGUUUGGAUUGGCAGACCUGUCAGAUGGCAUCAAACCCUUAUAUGUGUCUGGUGUCAUUUUGUCUUAUGGCAUAAUUGAUGUCUAGUUAAAGUUGUAUACAUUUGUUGAUUCUUAAAUUAAAUGUCUGAUAAGAGAAUUAAUUUUGCUUAGUUUUUACACUAGUGACACAAAUUAUUGUUUGGAAAUGAUUUGGCAUUUUAAAAAUUCCAGCAAAUGGGGAAGAAAAGUACUGUUUGCAAAUCUGCACCUUACUUUGAAGUGUUUACAUGAAUUUGUGAAUUAAAACAGGACUCUGCAUUUGAGUGUUGUGUAAUGUCAUCAGAGAGGAAUAACAAAAUAAUAUUUGCUGCUUAUUUAUAAUAUAGAGGAAAAAGAGCAAUAGCAGACCUCAUUACAUUUCAUGUUUAUCCAACAUUUUUAUUUAGAGUUGUUUUUGUCAAGUUUUGUUUGGCUUUGAACACAUUCUGUAGAAAUAACUAAAUACAUACUCUUGAUUCAUUUUGUUUUUGUUUUUUUUAUGGAAGAUAGUUGUAACUCCUUCACUGUUAUAGACAAGACACUUUCUGUGCAUGGAAAGGUAUUCUGUGUGUAGUUUCCAGUGUCCUUUGAUAUUGAUUUCUCAUGGCUGCCAGUUUAUGUCUGAUUUAGUUUAUUCGGAUCAUAACAGGUGGUUAUGGUCUUACGCAUUUUAAUUUUAAAUGUACUGUACAGUUGUCUGAGCACUUGAAAGAGGAUUGUUACUAGCAACCGGUUAAGGGAUUAAAUGUGGAUGUCAAGAAUCUGUUUAGGCAGUUAAUUUAUAACAUCUGGUAGAUUACAUAAUCUGUACUAGGUGGCAUUUUAGCACAAAGUAUUCAGCUCUUCAUAUUUAUGUAAUACAGUCUGCCUUUUGUUGAAAUUCGUUCUUAAUUAUAAAGUCCUUGAUAAGAUGGUGUUGCCUCAAAGAUGGGAUACUGUUCUUGUAAUUUUAAGUAGACCAGUAACAAACAAUGUUGGCAUUCACAGAAAUGUUUGAUGAGAGAACUCAUAAUUCAGAUGAAAUACACUGCUUUAUUGUGAAUAUAUACACAUACGAUCAUAAUGUUUCUAUGUAAAGCUUGGUACAAUUUUGUUGUUGGUCAUUUCACUGUGUUGAGAUUUGAAAACAGUACUUGGAUAGUGUUUAUGCAAAUGGUUCGUUGCACAGUAAUCUUGUUUUGUUUUGUGUAUGUUAGCUGCAGACAAUGGGAAAAGAUAUGUUAAGAAAAUAUGCUAAUUAUUUGUGCAGUGUUGCCUAUUAAUUCUUAACUUAAAUAACAGCAGUAAACAAGGCAGCAGAAGUUUGUAAUCAUAUUUUAACAGUUGUGGAUGAACAAGAUAUCCUCUCUUCACCAAUAUUCCUGUCUCUCUGCAGUAUUCUGAUUGAUGUACAGUGCCUUUUGGCUGUUUCUCAAAAUAAGUCAAUAGCUAUGAAUUAAUUUUUCAGAAAUGAUUUCAUUUUCUUGAGAUUUGUUUGUCUUAGGAUUAUUUGUUGUUUGUGUGUGUGAGGGAGAGAGAGAGGGUAUCGCUUAUAACUCAUUAACAUCUUCUCUGCAGUGAUACCACAUUUAUUUGAAAGAAUACUAAAGCUAAUGUGGAAUUUCUUCUUAUCUAGAUCCACUGUGUCAGAUGAGAAAUAUGUUUGUUUUAUAAGUAUGUAUGCUUAUUUUCUUUAUGCAUUGAAGGAACUAAGUUGUUUUCUGUGUCACAAAUUUAUUCUAUUAUCAGACAAAGAAUGUAAGAAUUUUAAAGUGUAAAUACAAGGCAGGGAAGCUCAGGCAUCAUAACUACACAGAAUUUUGGAUGGUAUUUUAAAAAUGUUAACUGUGAAUAUACUGUGGGAUUGUAAAUGUUCCUCCAGCAUGAACCAUGGCAGAAUUUGUGAAUAUCUUUGUAGGAUUGUCCACACUAUGUUAUAUUACUACUUUUACUACUACUACUACUACUACUACUCUACUCUACUCUACUCUACUCUACUCUACUACCAUUGCUAUCAAUUUACUGCUGCUGCUACCACCACCACCACUACUACUACUACUACUACUACUACUACUAUACUACUACUACUAUACUACUACUACUGCUACUACUACUACUGCUACUGCUACUACUACUACACAAAUUAAAUCAGGCAAAGGUGAUAGUGGAGGUAUGUGGGACAUAAUUAAUGCUGUAGUUUUGUAUUGAGAACUCGAUGCCAGCACUGGACUUUGUGAGUGACAAGUGAAAUGUACAUUGACACUUCUGCAUGUGGCAUGUCUGGUCCAUCCACAGUGUGCCAAGUGAUGUGAGUGUGGUGGGGACAGGGUUGCAUGCUGGGGCUUGAAACAUUGUACAGUACCUGAGUACCAGACCAGGAAGAGACUCCUCUCCUUUAGAUAGUAUGUAGGGCAAUGGGUUUUUGUAGAGGUUGUAGUCAGUUUUGUCUUUAUAUAUUUUGUUAAUAAGAUCAUAAUCAUAGAAAAGUAAAAGUAUCUGUCUGGUAUUUUGACUUGUUCCUAAAUUUUCAUUUUCACAUUGUGUAUUUCUGUUCCUCAUAGAUUGAGGAUUUGUUUUAUCUUAUUUUCUUCUAAAGUCUAUAUUGCAGUAUUUUUGAAUCUGACAAGAAUACAAAUUCCAAUAUGCCAGUGUGCAUUACGUGCUGGAGUAAGGAUGUAAGAAACGCUUUGAAGUUUCCAUAUUUAAAGUUUUACGUAAUAAAUUUUAGCAAUUAUGAUGAACAGCUAUACAUUUUAUGACAUGUUCCAUGCCAUUUUGUUAUGGCAGUUGAAGAGGUUACAUAAUAGCAGGAACAUCACUCCAUUUUUAUUUUCUACUCUAAACUAAUUUUGAGGGCCAACAUUAUUCACUCCAUUGACUGUUCUUGUAGGCAACAGGAGGGGUAGCAUUCUUGCUCAUGAAUUUUGCACAAAAUAAAUUUGAUCCAUAUUGAAGAACCAAUGAAAGAGCCAGUGUACUAUACUGAGUUGGGUGUUUGAAAUAUAUGUCUUGUGUACAUUUUCAUUGCGCCAGCCGGCAGUUUGUGUCUCUCCCCUAUUUUCCUGUAUCUUGUGUAGGUGUAUAAAGUAUUUGGACAUAUUUUGUUUUUAUUGAGCUUCUUGUUUUUGCCCUGUCAAUUUCUUUGUGGGCUGAUUUACCAAGUUUGUGUUUUGAAUCGUCGCAGACAACAUGUUACAGUCGUAGAGCAUUGCCAUUGACGUAUAGGGAGUCGGGGAAUAGUGCACACCACAGCAUGUGGCCCUUGGAAAUCUGUAUUUCUGACCAGUGUCCCCAACUCUCUGUACCUGUUUCAGAGGGGCUGAAGCUAGACCGUGAUACCUCGGUUGUUUUGCCCCUCUCCAUUUCAUCGCUCAUCUUUCUAACAACAUAUUGCCAUUGCUAUAGUCUUCAUGUUUUGUAGAGUCAUAAAGAAGGAAUUUUUAAUUGUAAAUUGUAACCAAGUUAUAUUCAAGAAUAAAAAAUAAUAUUAAUGUAACUAUGUGUUUUGUAAAAAGAACCUGGUGCACAUGAAAUAUCAUUUGAAUCUCAAGUUGCAUAUUUUAUAUAUUUUAGUCGUUGUGAAAACUUCUAAUUGUCAUAAUUUAUUUUUGGCUAGACUGUGCCAGUACUUGCCAUAUUUGUGUUAUUCAAGAUAAUGACCAAUAAAAUUCAGUCCUCGUGUAUUCACUGGACUCUAAUGUAUUAAAGAGCUUUGCUCAUGUAACAGCCAUGUAUCAACCCAUUUUUUUUUUUUUUUUUGAGGUUUCAGUAAGAUGUCCAAAGUGCAUUUUUGAAACCCUUGUACUGAUCCACUGGUACCUAACAAAACAUGGUGAUCAAGAAGUUAGUAGUCAUGCUUUGUAUUUGGUAGGUCUGAGGUUCAAAUGUUGGCUCAUAGAUAAGCUGACUGAGGUUUUUUUGCAUUGUGCCUCAGUUCCUUUAGGCAAAUACAAGAUCCAUUUUAACCAAUUGGAACUUCCUUUAGGAUCCAUUUGCAAAUUUCUGAUCUGUUGCCAUUAUGUGUGUAGGCCAUCCAUGCAGCAUUUCAUAAUUUAAUAACUUAAAAUAAUAGAUUAUAAAUGUUAAAACCUUCAAACAUAUCAGAGGGACGGUGCCUUCUGGGUGGUUUAAGUGCCUCUUGCUUUAAAAAAUUACUGAGAAUGAAAUUUGUACACUGCAUGAACAUGGAACAGCCUAACUGGUGCUGACAUGGUUUUGUGUAACCAAGAACUGUGUGCUAUCUGGACUUAAUAUAGAGUACAGAGUACUAACUCAUGCAAACUGCUGUGAUAUUACUUGUGAAUUGAAAUAGUUCUUUGAUUAUAUACAAUACAGAAGAAGUACUUAGAUCGUUUUCCAUUUAAUGUAAAACAACAUAAAUUACUGCUAAGACUUUAAAAUAUUAAUAAAAUUGUAAUAAGGUAGUGUAUUCACCCUCAGUCAUUUGUUUUUUUCUGUGCUACAUGAAUUCAUUUACAUUUACAUUUAUUGGCUUCUUAAUCAUUUAGAAGCAGUGUGUUCACAGCUAAUUCUUCAAGGUGAAAUGCUGUUGUGUUCAUUCCCUACAAGCACGCAACCACUAACAGAAACUGUAAACUUGAUAAAAGGUUGGUAGCAGAGCCGACAUGUCCCCGAAAGUUGUAAAUUGUUCUGUCUGGACAGUGCAUGGGUGACCUGGAGUUGAACACAAGUUAGAAAUUAGUAAAUUUAACUUCAAAUGGCCUGCUGAAUGGACUCGAGUAUUCAUUUAAAUUGCAAGAUUAGAGCAGGUAGCAGAAGGAAAUGACCUUUGUUCAUGGUGUAACUGUAUAGAAAUUACAGCUGCCCACAGAAAAGAUCUUGAUGCUAGAUACCAAUGGGUUAAUAUUUUCCAUCCAUAUUUACCUAGUCUCCUAAUGAAACUUGCAUUGAAAAGAAGGAGAAUCAAUUGUGUUUUACUUUAAAGUUUUAAACAUAAACAUGUGCUGGCACAGUAAUGCUGUUCCUAUUUGUUGCUGGUGAAGGGUAGUCCAUGAAUUACAAAGAAAUAUUGCUUAUGAUUUAUAACUGUUAUGUACCAUUUUGAUCAUGGUUUUCUGGGUUGUGAUGGUGUAUUUUCUAAAAGCUAGUUGCCAGCAUUUUAGGUGGAUGUAUUACCUCCAUCUUCAGGGUUGAAGUGGCAGCCCUGAAGAUCAAGGUGAUUGUUCCCGUGAAAUGUUGCUAACCAUGUAUGGGACCACACUUUCACAAUCCAGAAGACCAUAAUUGGCAUCUUCACCAUUGUGAGACCCUCAAAUCUCAUGUUAUGUACUAAUUUAAAUGCAUGUACCCUCCACUGUAGUUAAUUAUAAGAUGAAAUAUAUUUAUGUAGGACAAUAUUCUUAUUGAACUGUCCAAUAAAAGUAUUGUCAUGUACUACACACAACCAAAUGCUUCAAUACAAAAUAUUUAUGUAGGCUCUGUAACUAAUCAUUUUAAUUACUGUUAGAAAACAUUUGUAUAUUUGUUUCUAUUUUAUACAUUUGUUAAUCAUUAAUUUUCUUUGUUUUAAAAUCUACUGUGACUCAACAAGACAAUUUUUAUUUCAGAUAUUCCAUAUUUGACAGUUCUGUCCUUCAGUGUUAUAUUAUGAUAAUCACAUAAAAUAUAAUUCAGAUGUAAAUAUGUAAGACUUGAGGUUCUCACAGCGGUGAAUAUGAAGAUUUCUGUCUUCUGGGUUAUUGCGCUGUGUAGUCUACACAGCGCAAUAACCCAGAAGACAGAAAUCUUCAGAUGUAAAUACUUGCACAUAUUGAAUCAGGUAUGAUUGUUCAGAGCUGGUUGUCUUUUAAAUGUGAAGGUGUUAAUAAUUCUUAAUUUGGGAGAAGAACUGUUGCAUGUCCUUGCACAUCAGGUAUUAAGUUGUCUUGUGGAGUCAUGUUUAAAUGUGUUAUAUUGUACUGUACUUAGGUUUGUGCAGUUACUUUAAUAGUAAUGACAUAAACUGUGUGCAUGUAUUUUACUUGGAUCAGUAGGUAAUUAGCAUAUGUGCUGAAGAUUGUAUGUUUUAUGAAUGAGUAUAUAUGUGCCAUCAUACUGUCCUCAGUUGGUUGCUUAUUUAAACGAAAUAGUUUUCUUGGUAUGUGGCAUUAUAGAGCAGACAGUAUACAUUUCAUAUACUUGGUUAUAAUUAUAGCAUUUUCAAUAUAAAUCCACCAUAUGGCUUAUA